ACACAUUUAUGUUGGACAUGUGGCAACACUUUUUUCGUGCGUUUUAUGUGUGCGUGCGCUUCCUAUUACAAUUUUUCGAAGGAUUUUCAGUGUGUUUUGUUGACGUGCACCGCGGCCGAAAGUGAAAAAGGCGAUUAAACUGUGCCGUGCAACAGGGCGGGUCAGCGUUUGGCAUAAAUUGCAGUGUGAGCCCGCGUGCGGACAGGCGUAAGGCGUUAAAAAUGGCGAACGUAAGGGACAGCGACACAUCACUGUGGCUGCAUAAUAAACUGGGCACCUCGAACGACUCGUGGAUAAACGGCUCGAUCUGCUCCCAACUGAACAAGGAGGUGCUCCGCAACAUCAAGGAAUGUUUUCCGGACCUGCAGACGCAAGUUAAACUGAAGCUCCUCCUCAGUUUCCUCCACAUUCCGCGCCGUCUGGUGGAAGAGUGGAAGGCCGAGCUUGAGGAGGUAAUCGAGGUGGCUGGCCUCGACUCGGAGCUGUGGGUCUCGAUGCUGGCGGAGACGAUGAAGACGUUCCCGGCCACCAGUUCACUGAACACAGAGAUCUCCGACUACGAGGACACACGUCCCAUCUUCACAGACAUGGUCAACGACCUGCGCAGGUUGGUCACCAAGCACUCGGACUUGGGCAUGUUGCCCCUUGAGUGCCAGUACCUAAACAAGAACGCGCUGAUCUCAGUGGUGGGCCAGCAGCCCGCUCCCGUCAAGCAUUUCACGCUGAAGCGCAAGCCCAAGAGCGCCCAGCUGCGUACCGAGCUGCUACACAAGUCCGCCGAUGCGCAGUCCUCUCUGAAGAAGGCCUCAGCACCCACGAUUCCUCUGCGAUCACGCGGAAUGCCCCGCAAGAUGACGGACACCACGCCGCUCAAGGGCAUCCCGUCACGCAUGCCCACCACUGGAUUCCGAUCAGCCACGGUGCCCGGCAACGCCGCCCAGCGCCCCAAUCUCAGUCGCAUGCCCGCUGGUCGCAAGGAUGGCGGCAUCAAGCUGAUCGAGUUCACCGAACAGCCACUGGGCUACGCGGCGGCCAAAAAGCGCAAGCGCGAACAGCAACUGGAGGAGCAGCAGAAGAAGCAGGAGCAGAAGCAGCAACAGGCUGCAGCGGCAGCAGCUGCGGCGGCCACGGCAGCGGCGGCCAAUGCGGGCGACAGCUCGCCAACGGAUGCGGCCACCGCUAGUGGGGGAGAAACUCCUGUUACACCGACGUCGGCCAACAACAGUUUCGAGAUCAAAAUGGAGCCUCAGCUCAACCAGAGCGCCGGCAGCCUGGAAGAGCCGCAGGACGAGGACCUUGCUGGCAAAACGGCCAUGGAAUGCGAUCCCGAAACACCGGAGUACGCCACAGCAACGUUGGAAUUUGCACAGGCCACAACAACAUCCGUGGUGGAUGGACAACCAGGAAAGCCUUCUGUCGAGGCAAAGUUGAAAACGCCGCGCACUCCGAAAUCAGCCGCAAAGCUGAACAACAACAACAACAACAGCUUCAACCAUACCCCCAAACGAAUCAAGCAGGAAAUCGAAAUCAAGAGCGAGGAGAUCAUAGUGCCCGCCAGCAUCAAGCUGGAAAAGAUCGAGACUUCGCCGUCGACGCAGCGCGUCAUCAUUCAGCAGCAGCCGCCUAGUUUGGUGCAGCGCACGCCGCACCUGCUUAUCCGCAGUUCGCCACAGAAACGGCAGAACAAUGGAGCCACCACGAGCACCGCCGCAACCACAACCACUGUGGGCAACACCACCAUCAAGAUGGAGAAGCUGGACAUCAAGCCCAUGCUGCGAACCACUGGCGCGUCACCCUCUACGAGUGCGGGCACUACCACCACUCUCCUAACCCAGCAGCAGCUGCGUCAGGCGGCCAAUCCACUGGCCAAUCUGCCCAACAACAUCUCUGUGAAGAUCACUUCCGCAAAAGCGAAGGCGGCGGCCGCGGCAGCAGCAGCAGGUCCCAGUGGAAGUCAGCCUCAGUCGCAGGCCCAGACGGUUCAGGUUCAGCAGACACCACAACAGUCGCAGCCUCCGCUUCUGAUCAACAGCUCCACGCCUGUCAUCCUGGCAUCCUCGCCCAGCGCUCAAAGAGUGAAGGCUUUGGCCAUGCCCAGCAGCAGUUCCGCCCCCACCACCACAACGACAAUACCGUCGCAAGCCAUAAAGACGAUGCCGCUCAGCCAGCUGAAGACGGCCACCAACAGCGGACCUGUGAUCAUAUCGCAGACUAUUAUUCAGCCGGCGAAGCGAGCCCAGCAACAGGCGGGAACCUCGAGUGCAGCGGCCUCUUCCCAGCAGCAGCAGCCACAACAGCAGCAGCAGCAGCAACAGCAGCAACUGUUGCACCAGCAAAUACAGCAGCAGACGCAGCAGCAGUCACAGGUGCAGCAGCAGCAACAGCCGCAGCAGCAGCAGACGCAGUACAUUCUGGCCACGCCCCAGCAGCAACCGCAACAGAUUCAGCAGCAACAGCAGCAGCAGCCCAUGUUGCCAACGCUUACCUCGUUCUCACACAGCCGGCCCUUGCCGCAAACCACCACGCUUUACCAGGCCACCACUCCCGGCGGAAAUGGCCAGACACCCACCAAGAUCCUGUUGAAGACCUCUGGUACAUCGAGUGUGGUGAUGACACCACUGCGUCAGGCCCAACCGCAGCAGGCUACCGCUGUGGUAUCCUCGAAUCCUCCGCCUCUGGUGGCCACCUCAGCUGCAGUGGUUUCGCCCGGACAGUCCAACACCCUGAACAUUCAGAACGUGCAGCUACCGAAUCGACCAGUGACCAUCCAACCAGCAUCCCAGGCCGCCCAGCAGCAGCAUAUGCAGGCCCAGUUGCAGCAGCAACAACCGCAUCCGCAGCACACGAUCGUGGCCAACACGACGGCCACGCAGCAGCCCAAGUUGUCGCAGGUCCUGAUGCAGCCGACCGGAGCAGUUGGGGCUGGUGGCGUGUCCGCGCUGAACGUGUCUCCCACGUCCGGCAAAAACAAGACCAUCAUACUCACCCAGAAGGGCGUCAUUCUGCGCAACAUUGGGGGCGACAUGUACCAGCAAAUCCCCAUCAGCAAUGUGGGCAACCUGCAGGGACUCGGCGGCACUACGCUCAUGACCACCACGGCUGGACCGCCGAGUCUGGUGAAGACCACGCCCUCGACUGGGGUGCAGUUGCAGCAGCAACAGCCUGGCAAGCAGAUCCUGCCCACCCUAAUACCAACCAGUUCGCUCGGCGGGCAGCACGUCAUUGUGCAGCAGCAGCAACCCUCCAACGUCAUCGGAAAUUCCCAACAGCAGACCAUCAUUCGGCCAGUGAUGACCAACGUUGGCGGAGGCUUGACCACGCUGCCGCAGGGACUGACGCUGAUCCAACGGCCGGGCCAGCAGCCGCAGCUGGUGCAGGUGCAGGCGGCGCCGGGCAGCACGCAGCGCACGAUUAUCACCCAAUCGAGCUCGGCGUCGCAACAGCAGCCGCGCCAGCAGCAGCAACAGAUCCUGGUCCAACACAAGCCGGCUCCGACCCUGCAGCAGCGUUUGGUCACCUCCACCACCAGUGGUGGUCAGGGCCAGCCGGGCAAUCCGAAUGCGGGUAUCGCGCGCACCGUGCAGGUCCAGGUGCAGGCCCAGCAGCAACCGCAGCAGCAGCAAGCGGCGCAACAGCAGUCGCAGCAGGCCCCACAGAGGCGAGGACUUUCGCUAUCGAACGAGCACGUGCACAAGGCGCAUGAGAUGUUCCGCAAGGCGAAUCGCGUCUCGCGACCGGACAAAGCCCUCAUCCUUGGAUUUAUGGCGGGUCUGCGGGAGAACCCGCGCCCCAAUAACGAAAAUGUGCUGGUCAUUAAAUUGGGUGAAACAGAGGAAAAAGUACAACAAGAGAACGGCAACAUGGCGCUGUGCCUGGUGGAGUCGCACAUCCGGCUGGACUACAACACCGGCGAGUGGAAGACAUUCCAGAACUACAGACUACAGGACCAGACUGCCGCCUCAUAGUCCACGAGGGUCAUACGCAUCGUUCGCAGCACCAAGUGAACGCGGACAGCCAGGCUGAAGCUGAACAUGCGUAUAUAGAUUUUGAACUAUCUUUUUUGAUUUGUCAUCCGCUCUGCACGGGCUGCUUCGUCGCCGCCCCUAAUUAGGCUACUGAAAACCCAACCGCCUCUUCCUCCCCUCCUCCACCCUUAUUCCUCUCCCGCAGUCAACAAGGCACCCCAAGAAACGAUGGAAAGAAUGAAACUAUAAAAUAAUUAAGGUAAAUUAGCUGUACAGUUGUUUAGUAUGUAGUAAAGGCUAGCGCUUAAACAUUUAGUAAACAUGCCCGUUCACACAUCCACGACGAUCACCAAUCAUCCCAGCACACAUUCAUGUUCACCGCCGGCUGAACGCUUCACUGGAGAGCAGUUGGAAAGGCGGAUGGGCCAGAAGUGAACGUUCGGCCAGAUCACAUAAGCACACACACGACACAACAAUUCACAACACAACACACAACACAACAAAACCACACACCCUUGCAUUUGAAAUCUGCAUAUGUAUACCUAGCUUAUGUAAUUAUUGUCGAGUAAAAAGUGUGUAAUUAUCUUACCAAGCAGCAUAAAAUUUAGAGACGCUGAUCGGCGCUCGUUAUUCAUUAGAAAUCCAAUGAAAAUAUAUAGUUAUAGAUAUAUAUAUAUAUGUAUGAGCCGCAGCAACCACAGCAAAAUUAACUUAAAUCUUGAAGUGUGUAAUAGACAAACAAUAAACCUAGCAUAUGUAUUUAUGGCUUAAAUGUUAAAAA